AUGGACGCUUAUCCGCAAGACUACGUCGCCCACAAUCUUCCCCUGGUCCUGCUUUCAGGACUUCAGCCAGACAAUGAAUAUGACUCAAAAGCCCCGGCGCGAUAUCCUCUCCUGGAAGAGAAGGGUACCAAGAUCGUCUCAGACUUUCCUCCACUGAGCGGGGCUAUUGCGGAGGAAUUGCGGAGAGCGCUGCUCGCGGAAGACGGCUCUCAUAGACCCUGGAAAGCAGACAGCCCAGCUGGAGCUGGCGCGACAUCCUCAAUGCGCCUGAGGUUCCACAUAUCAAUUGCCCCCUCGAAAAGCCAACCCCCCCUGAACAGUCCGCCAACCAGUCCUAUCGUUGAUUCGAGCGAUUCCUCAUCUACAAUACCAUACAUCCUCCACUCCCCAAUCUCUCCGCUGUCUCCAGGCUCUCCCACCUUCCCUGACGGGCUGCUCACGCCACUAUGGGUUACAAAACACCAAGAUCUGGUCCCAGCGGCGGCAUUGAACUUCUUUCCCUUCUCGCUGGACCCGAAUAUGAACUCCCUGCGUGAUAAUCAGUUGAAAAUCGAGAUCAAUAGCUUGAAGAACGAAUGGACAGUGUCAGGCUUCAAGACUCGUUUCCUCGUGGUGCUAGUCUCAGAAGAAGGUGUUGGGGGUUACGAAGGAGAGAUUGAUGACCGUAUAGCUGGCAUUCGCAGGGCCACGAAUCUGGACCAGAAAUCCAUCUUUGUCAUUCCUCCCGACGCAACAUCAACCGAGCUUCGAGAUUUUGUCCAGUCACUAUUCUCACUCCUGCAACCAUCGGUUGUGGAAUACUAUCGGGAUCUGUCCAAGCACGCGCGCCGAAAACGCAACCGCAGCACGAUUCCUCCUCCCACAGCUCCUCCGACAACCGGUACCUCCCAGACAUUGUCGUUACAAGGGUGGAAUGUGCGAUACGAGUUCAAGCUCGGAAUCUUUGCCGAGUUUCGACAAGAAAUGGACGCAGCUUGUCGCAAUUAUGAGAGCGCAUACGAAACCUUGUUUGGACAAGAGGUUUUCGAGACCAUUGCGGGAUGGGACCCCCGCUUCAAUGAUGCACGUCUUUUAGGAGAUACACUCGCUAUUCGGAUCAUGCGUUGUUUGUUCUGGACAGGUCAAACGACCGCUGCAGUCCGGUUCUGGGUAGACCACAGAAUUCGAACAAAUGAUAUCGUCAACCGUCGGGGCAAAGGAAGUAAGAACUACGGGUGGGAGGCGUGGGAGGCACGGUGGUCGUUAGUGAUGGCCGAGCUCAUACGCCGCUGUGAGAUCUACUUGUCAAUCCCUGAAGGACCAGGAGAGACGACACUCUCUCCCUUAAUAUUUCUUCCCCCAGAAAAGUCAAUUUCCGUGGGCGAACGAGUCAAUCCGUGGGAGCACCUACAUCAUCAAGGAUACUGGCUCUAUCGAUCGGCCAAGCAUAGCAUGGCGCGCAAGUCUCUUGCUCUGCAAAUACCGACCGAAGAUCGUUUGUCUCCCGGACAAUUGCCCGCUUCUCAGCUUGCAAACAAGUCCUACUUGUAUGAUACCUAUCUGGUGCCUGAGACGUAUCUUGAAUAUCCACAAUCUGGCCAAGGCGGGACCAAUCACUCCGAGAUUAUUCUCCUCGCCUUGAAAGCCGCUGUGGAAGAGUUCUCGAAGCGCAACCAGCAGAGACAAGUCGAAAGAUUGAGCCUCGAGAUUGCCCAAGAGUACAUGCGUAAUGCUUCAUGGAAAGAAGCGUUUGAAGUACUGAGCCCACUUUGGUCAACUCUUAGCUGGCGACGAUCAGGCUGGUGGUCAUUAAUGGAAAGUUUUGGGUGGGCACUGCGGGAAAGUGCUGCGCGAGCGCAUGAGACCGAGACCGUCUUGCGAAUCGACUGGGAACUGGCCAACAGGGUGUUUACGCCGAGGUCGGGUUGGCAGUACGAUAUCCACGGAAGUCUCGAGAACCUUCCGGCAGAGAAACCAAAACCAUCGGUCGUGCUUCGUGCGGAAGACGUUGUCACAAGUCUCACGGCCUCUGUCGUGUUUGAAAAUGCAGAGGGGAAUGUAGGCGAGCCGCUACAGGCCCAGCUCAUCAUCUCGUCUUGCGCGCAGCUUACAUCGGCGCCUAUACGAUUAUCAGAGGUAAAACUUGUCUUUGAAGGCUGUCUCCGACCCUUGAAGCUGCAGUCUGGCUCUGCGAACAAGUCCGAUACCAAAUCGCCUUGCCUUGUAUUUUCAUCAUCACUUCAAGAAGUAACUCCCACUGCCGAUAUUCAUUCUCCUACACAUGGACUGUCUGCACUGGUCGGUGAGGCAGACCUGACGAUAGGGCCCUCACAAACCAAGGUGUACAAUUUGACUUGCAUUCCUCGCGAAGCAGGAGAGGCUCAGAUUGCUUCAAUCACUAUGCUCAUUGAGGAGGAUAGAUUCGAUCUAGCCUACGUUGUCACUCAUCAGCCGAUCCAAACAGCAUACUGGUGGCAAGAGACCAACAAAGGCCCGUCUCGACGACGAGUCGGCAAAGGUCGUGACACUACGAAAUGCAGAAUCAUGCCGAAGCCACCUAAGAUCCGCAUCUCGCUCCCAAACAUCAAAGAAAUAUAUUACACCAAUGAGCGCGUCCUGAUGAAGAUCGACCUUCAUAAUGAAGAGGACGAGGGCGCGGAUGUGUCUGCCGAAAUCAGACUAUUCGGGAGUCCCGAAUCAUCUGCUCAACUCCAAUGGCUUGAUGGAAGCUCAGAUCCAAUGGAGUCAGGGACCAGCUCUCCGACUGAGGCCCCGUCACACCUUCUUACGGAAAGAAUCGGUGUCAUGGAACGUGGCUCUCACAAGGAGCUUAUUGUGGUGCUUGCCGAUACCCAAGACACUGCGAAGUAUGCCUUGGAGAUCUCUGCAGUCUACCACCUUGUGUCUGAUGCUCAAACUCCUAUCAUGAAGACCAUCAGCGUGGAUCUCUCCUUUAUUCGGCCAUUUGAGGCCAAUUACGAAUUCAAGCCCUGUGUCCAUCCCGUUCCUUGGCCUGACUUUUUCUCGGUCAGUGAUGAACUGAUCGGUGAUGACCACGCGACCGCACCUGGCGGACAGGUGCAAAGAUGGUGUCUCAAUUCCAAGUUGGUUUCCUUCGCACAAGAGGCCUUGGUCAUUGAGCAGAUGUCUUUGAAGCUCCUGACCGUCACCGGCGGUGCCGUAUCAACGAUUGAGCCGGAAGUCCUCGUCAGCCCGGAAUCCCACCAGAUCAAUCCGGAAGAGUUGCGAGAGUCGAACUUUGCCGUCGACAUUCAAAAGACUUCGCUGGGCGAUCGUCGACCCGUGGCGCUCAACGUGGCGCUAGACAUUACCUGGCACCGCAAGGCCGACGAAGUUGAAAAUGAUCCCGACUCGAAUCACACCACUACGACUAUCCUCGAGGUUCCACGCUUUGUUGCAGCGAUGGGCGAGCCGCGAGUCCUUGCCUCGUCUUCGACAUCUGCCUCUCUGCCGGGCCUGCUUCACCUAGACUACACGCUCGAAAACCCAUCCACGCAUUUCCUGACAUUCAACUUGAUCAUGGAAGCCAAUGAGCAAUUUGUGUUUAGUGGUCCCAAAACAACAGUGAUACAACUCGUGCCAUUAUCGCGGCACACGGUGCGGUACAACCUCCUCCCUGCGAAACGCGGUCUAUGGAUUCAGCCGCAGCUGGUCGUUGUUGAUACUUACUUCAACAAAACGCUACGGGUGCUUCCAACGGGUGAAAUGCGCGCUGAUAAAAAGGGCAUUCUGGUUUGGGUGGAUGCUGAGGAUUAG